UAGUGAAGCCUACAGCUAGCUAACAGACCCAAAUCCGACAGCAAUCUUUAUUAUUGCGCUGCGACAGAAUGAAUUCUUGCUUUGGCGUUAGUCUUCGGUCCGAUUACUGCCGAAACAUUGCUGCAGCCUAGCGCCUUCUCGGGGCAAGAGCGCAAGGUGAAAAUAGUUUUCAGUACAUGUCCGUACCGUGGACUGUUUCAUAUUGGCUGCUAGGCGCGCUAGCAUAGCUCUACCUGCAGGGUGCGAGGAAGGACGACUACAACACACAGGCGGAGGCUCUAGACAGAUUCCAAGCCGCUGCUGCGUACAGCACUCAACAGCGAUGGCUAACAACUUCAGUGCGAACCAGUAUGAAAAUGCGUUCCGCUCCACACGACUGCAGCAGUGGACUGUGCCACAAGUGUACAGAGAGCACCCUGUAGCACGUGCCGGCACUACUCAGGUGAUCACCAAUGAUCGCGGCCACAUCAUUGACGAGAAGAAGCGCUCUGACAAGCCGGCGUUUGGCGACUUCCGCGGCACCUGGUCAAUGACCAAGGAGGACAUGGUGAAAACACAGCCAACCCUGAUGCGACCGUUGCCCACUGAUGUAACGUACCGAACGAACAAGCCAGUAUUUCAAUGAUCCAAGGGAGCAUGGGAACUUUCAAACGUUGCGGCAUCCAAGUAGCUUUGCAAGUAGCUUUGCUCCCAAUUGGAGCACAACAAUAUAGCUGCACUUACUUCAUCGUUCAUUGAACCGUUUCACACAAUGUCUGUCAAUGAAGGGGAAGGGACUAGUGUGCAUAGCUCAGAGGAAAUCUGCUGAACACACACACAUACACACACACACACACACACACACACACACACGCACAGUCCUCGACUAGCCUGAGCAUUGCCAGUGACCACAUGUACCUCCUUAGUACCGUGAACAGUUGCAUUGUAGCCAAGUUUAGCUGCUCUAGAGUAGUGCGUGGCUCAGCCGCUGUACAUGCACAUGUGCUUCAGAGCACAGAACAUGGCUGCGUAUGCCGAUCAGUAUCAUGGCAGUAGCACUCCAUGCAUGCACACAACACCGUGCAAUGAUGAUGCAGAUGAAUACCA